AUGCAAAAGGUUGGCACAGAUCCGAAGUUGACAAUGGCUGCUUGGGAAAAUGAUGUCAAAGGCAAUGCUAGAAAGAUCACACAUCGAAGAAAAAAAGGAAAGUUCACACAGCAACAGAAAACCAUUGUGGAAAAAUGCUUUGACGAAGGGGAACAAGACAAGAAAAAGCGGUACACCACUUCAUCCUGCCAGAAAUUGAUGUCAGAUAAAUUGGGACAGCACUUCACUCUAACAGAAAACCAAAUUGCUAGUUAUUGGAGCAAUUACCGGAAAAGAAAAAGGGAAGGUUCAAAACAAAAACAGAACAAAAAGCAAAAGCUAAAUUAG